CGAAUCGAUGCAGACCCAGCUGGGUUUGUCUUCACCCAUCGAACUGUCGCGUCAAUGUGCGAAACAGAGCACAGGAUUGAGGUAUUCUGAUUGCGCAUAUUUUGGUGGAAGCCUGAGAACGGACGUCGCAGGUGUCGGGAAUGUGGGUGCAUCUAGGUUGAGGUAUUUUGUCGCAGUGGGAAUGUCUUGUGGGUCGGAAACUGGUUGAGGAGACGUGCUACCACUCUGGAUUGUUCGAAGCGUCAAGGGAUUUUUCCCGUGUUCCCAGACUAGGAAUAGAGUCUGAGAAGUUCGAUUUUUCAUUGCGCGUCUAGGGAGCUCCGUCUUAAACUACGAAGGAGCUAGGUUUGGAAGCGUUGUUGGGUUUGAGAAGAUCUGAAGUUGCCAAGAGGUAGGAGUAGCUUGUGCCUGUGAGACGGGCUCGCCAACAUGGCGAAGAACGGGAUUAAUAACAGUGUCGCCGUCGGCAUUGCUGUACAAUCUGACUGGGACAAUCGCCAUUUUUCGAGCUCCCUGUCGCUGAACGUCCGGCGCCUUUUCGAGUUCCUUUUGCAGUUUGAAUCGUCCACCAGGAGUAAGCUAGCAACCCUGAACGAGAAGCUAACGGUGCUGGAGCGUCAGCUGGAGUUUCUAGAGGCUCAGUUUAGCACUGCCAUUAACCCUGUCUAAGCUCUCUAACCAUCAUUUCAUGUGACCCUCAGGAUCUUGAAUCGCGUUUUAACUUUGAGAUAGAGAUGUACCUUGUGUACAGAACUCUCGUUUUUAACGGAUUUCUAGAUUGUGCACAUUUCUGGCAUAUUUUUUUCGAGCUCACGGAGUUGAAGACUUGUAUUAUGUAAAACUUGUAUUAGGUAAGCCUUGCAAUCUUAACUGAGUUUUAAAGUUUCGUUCAAUCAAGUUGAUAAACUUGAGCAUUUGAAUUCCAA